AUGGACUCGCAAGUUCUGACACCACCUCAUAUUGAAUAUGAUGACGACGAUGAAAAUGAAAAUGAAAAAGUUCCUUACGUACCCCACCUUGAAUAUAGGGACAUAGAUGAAUAUGAUCCAUUUCCUAUUAUUCCAAAUUAUGAAUUUUAUUCAAUGGAGUUAAUCCCAGAUAUGAAAUCUGAUAGUGAAUAUUAUGCUUCUUCUAGUUUUGCUGAUUCUGAAAGGCUAAGAUUAAAAAAGAAAUUUGCAGCCAUCCAAGAAAGAAUACUUAAGGAACAUAACAUAAAUGAAGACCAAUUGAAAACUUUAUAUGACCUCAAAAUGGAAGGUGAACUUCCCGAAGAAUAUUUUGGAUUUUAUUGUGAAUUAGCGAGAGAGAUAAGAUUCCUAAAGAGGCUUUCUCUUACUCAGGCUGAUCUUCAGCUUGACAGAAUGGAACAUGUUGUGCCUGCUAUUAAAACAUUAUUCUAUGAUUUAAGUUUCCAAUCUCAUACAGAUAGUUUGAUGUUUAAUAUACACGCUCCCGAUACCAUUGGAUUGAAAGAACUUAAUAAAAUAAUUAGGUCAAGAGCAGAUGAAUUUCAGAGGGAGUGUGACAAAAUUAUAGAUGAUUUGAUUGAAAUUUGUGAAAAACAGCAUGAUAUCUUUCUAACAGCUCUGCGUAAGUAUAAAGAUCUAAAGGAUAAUAGUAAUCAGUAUCCAUCAGUUCGUAAAACGAAAAAGUUGUCUGAGGCCAAACUGACAUACGAAAAUGCAGCACAAAUUAGAGAUUCUACAUUAAAGAAAGUGUUAGCUAAAGAAUACGAGUGUGACAUAGUUUCAUUGAUUUAUCUAGACUUUUGGGGCCAUGGAAAACUAUGUGUUCAUAAUUUAAAAUGUUCGUUUUAUGAACAUGAAAGAGAACAGAAAAAGGUCCCUGACUUUAACGAGUACGACUUCUUUAUUAACUAUUUAACUAAAAAUACCUUCCCUGAUCCAAAUAGAAUACAUUCUCCGAUAACUUUAUCUUUACAGUUUCCAAAAUGUAUCAAUCCUGCAGUCAUUGAAUUCUUUUUCCCAGAAGAUUAUCCUCAUCCUUGGGAAGACUUACUUGCACUGCACUUCAGAGAGAAUAAAAUUACUAUUUUAAAAGCAACAAAACCUUUAAAAGCACCGUAUACCUCAACAAAAGUUCAUGAUAAUAUAGUUUUAGUUCAAGUAUUAGUUGAUUUACCAGAUAAUUCUGUUCCUUAUCGCUUGAGAAAGAGUUCACCUCCUGGAACAAGAGUUGAAUUGCUUUCUUUCUUAGCCUGUUGUAGAUACUGCCAUAAAACUGAUCAUUCACGCCAUAAUUGUGAAAUUGCUCCUUGUUUAUUUUGUGAUACACAGGGUGAUCAUACACCUGCAACAUGUCUCUAUAAUCCUAAGUUUGAUACCCCUUAUUAUAUAGAAUUAAGGAAAGAAAGAGAUAAAAUUAAAGAGGAAAAGAAAAAAAUAGAGAAGCAAUCCGAGAAGCAGAGAAAGAGAGAGAGAAGGAGGGAGAGAAAGAAGUGGAAACAACUGGAGGGAGAUAGCGAAAAAUCGGAAGAAGAUAGCGAAUAG